CAGAAGGAAAUAUCGCAUUAGUCCAUUUAAUGGAAUAGCAAAAAACCUGGUAAUAUUUUAACAUGAAGUACAUUUGCUCUAAACUGAUAAAUUUAUAUAUUUUAUAUAAGUUAAUGUUACUAUAUUUUCUAACCAAUGCAUCAAUUCCUCAAAGCGCAGCAAUUAUACGUGGUACUCGAGCUGCACUAGGUGAAUAUCCCUGGCAAGUUGUUAUAAAAAAAAAUCCAUCAGAUCUUUUAUUGUGUGGCGGUUCUAUUAUAAACAAUAAAUGGAUUUUAACAGCUGCUCACUGCAUUGAAUGCCGUGACCCCAUUUAUAUGCUGUUUGGAACCAUAAGGCUGUUGAGCGCUGCCAUUAAUAGGACUUCUAAAAAUUGUAUCCACAUCCUUAUUUCAAUCCCGUAACUUUAGCAUUUGAUAUAGGACUAAUUGAGCUAAAUUUACCAUUAGAGUAUAAUGUUUACAUUAAACCCAUUCCAUUGAUAAC